ACAAGGUUUAUAGUAACUUUUAUAGCAUAUAACAUUUUUUUCAAUCAAUGUUUUUCGAAUUAUUUUAUUAUUUAAGAAAUAUUAGAUACUUCAGAAGUCGUAGAAGAAGAAAUGGACAGGAAGUAGCGUCACGUUGACUUUCGCCUGGAAAAUAAAUUAAAAAUAAUUACGAGUAGAAUUAGUCUUGUUUUUUUUUUUUUUUUUUUUUUACCUUCCAAGAACAUACAUAUUUAGAUAAUUAAUUGUCAUGAGAAAUGAAGUCAUUCUUAGUCCCCGCAAAGAUUCGUUAGCAUGUUGAUUUACAAAGCUAACAAGCACCUCCAGAGACUGCUGUCUCCAUUUAAACGGCGGCGGUAUGGCGAUGUUUCCGCGGGGAAAACCUCCCGACUGGUUUUGGGCAUCGAGACGAGCUGCGACGACACCGGAGCCGCCGUGCUCAGCGAGGAAGGCACUAUACUGGGAGAGUCACUACACUCCCAAAAAGAGGUGCACCUUAGGACGGGCGGCAUCAUCCCCGCUGUGGCCCAGCAGCUCCACAGGGAGCACAUUGAACGUGUCGUCCAAGAAGCGUUGGACCACAGUGGUGUCGACCCGGGCCAGCUAUCGGCCGUGGCCACCACGGUGAAGCCAGGCCUGGCUCUGAGCUUGGGCGUAGGCCUCAAAUUCAGCCUGGAUUUCGUCAGGCGCCAUCACACACCCUUCAUCCCCAUCCACCACAUGGAGGCCCACGCCUUGACUGUCCGCCUGCUCCAGCCCGUCUCCUUCCCCUUCCUGGUGCUGCUCGUGUCAGGUGGCCACUCGCUGCUUGCCGUCGCUCGCGGCGUGGAUGAUUUCCUUCUGUUGGGUCGCACUCUGGACGAAGCUCCAGGUGACACUCUUGAUAAGGUGGCUAGACGUCUGUCACUCAUAAAGCACCCGCGCUGCUCCACCUUGAGCGGAGGACAAGCCAUCGAACUACUGGCAAAGGACGGCGACCGCUCGAGGUUUCCUUUCAAAACGCCAAUGGGGCAAACGUACGACUGCUGCUUCUCUUUUGCCGGCUUACGAAAUCAAGUUACCAUGACGAUAGAAAAAAUGGAAGCAGCAGAAGGAAUCGAUCGUGGAGCUCUGUUGUCCUGCGUGAACGACAUUGCAGCCGCGACGCAGCAUACGGUCGCGUGCCAUCUGGCCAAGCGCAUGCAUCGCGCCAUCUUGUUCUGUAAGGCCAACGGGCUGCUGCCGUCACUCGCGCCCACACUGAUUGUGUCCGGCGGCGUUGCGAGCAACGAGUACAUCCGUAGAGCUCUGGGCGUCAUCACCGACGCGACCGGCCUCCACCUGGUCUGCCCUCCCGCCAAAUUCUGCACUGACAACGGCGUGAUGAUUGCGUGGAAUGGUGUUGAACGACUCAGGGAAGGGAAAGGAAUCCUGCCUCCCGACGCGGACGUUAGCUACGAACCAAAGGCACCACUUGGUGUUGACCUCACGUCACAAGUGAAGGCAGCGGCCAUCCCAGUCCCGCGAAUCCGGAUGAACAUUUAAACAUCAGCCAGAUCAGUAGUAGGAGUGGGAACCUCUGUGUACCUCACAAUACGAUAGGAUUAUCGUACCAUAUGGCAAUACAACAAUUAUCGAUACAUAGGUCAGGAAAUCCUUCAACAAUAUACAAUAUAUUGAUUUUUGGUCACUUCCUGUUGAUUUUGGGUUACUGAACAGAAGGUGACCUGGGAAUGUCCCCAAAUGAAUAAGAAGUGAGCUGUAAAUUCCCUAAAGUGACCUAUAAAUGCCCCAAAAACCUGGAAGACUGGUUGUGAAUGCUCUGUUUCAGUGGCAUUGACGGUGCUAGAUGUCCAAUCUAUCUUUGAACCAGCCAGUCAAAAUGGAUUAGACAUCUAAUGCUGUCAAUAUUUAGUUCUUUUUUUAAUCCAAACAGUGACACCUUUUUAUACAAUAAUUCAAUACAUAUCCAAUCUUGGCAGGAGCAUAUCGAUAACCUCUUGGGAUACAAAGUAUCCCGAUACAUCACCAUUUCGAUAUAUUGCCACACCCCUAAUCAGUAACGUAUAUAGUAUAAAACAGCUUCACAUUGAAUGUCUAAAUUCAUAGACAUCACUAUCAGUUGACAAGACAGCUCCUACAAACAUUGUGCCAAGGCUUCCUGUAGUGGGCCGGGGCAGGCAGACCGUUGUGGAAGCUUUCACUGCGAUAAACUCAAACGCUGCGUUCUGACGCUGGAUUUAGGUGGAAACAGGACAAAAGUUUUAGUGCAUACAAGCUGGCAGGAGUGUAACGAGGGUGAUUUGGUCGAGGAUUCAAGGUAAUUAUUUUAUAAAAUGGCGCUUUGCAUGCACUUUGAAACUGUGAAAAAAAUUUAAUGUAUUGGAAAAAAAUUGCGUAACUACAGCUUGAAAUAUUUACGUAAAAUGAAUGAUAACUGCCCGUUUUUUUGCUUUUAACCAAGAAUCUAGACUGUUUUGCGUUCAUAUCUAUAGACAUUCCGGGAUUUACACAUUAUUUACUAGAAUUCUCAACUUCAAAAGCUGUUUUUUGAAUGCCGCCAUUUUGGAUUUUGUAUCCAUACACAAUAGCGAAACAUUACAUUUAAAAAAAUCAGGUCAUUUUCGGCCAACUGCCCAUUUUCUGGCGAAUUUUUUUUUUUGCGUCCAUACAAAAAAAAAAGUUUUUACGUGUAACAUUUCAAUCUAAAAAUGACGAGGGCCAGAUAGUCGGCAAGACGUGCUGAGGCAAUAGUGACAUCUGAAUUCAACCUAAAUAAGUUGAUUGUAUCCAGAAAAAUGCAAAGUUUGCUUUUGUUGAGUAAAAUUAGGAUGACUCUGCAUGCUUUCAUCAAGUAUUAAGUUUCUGAUGUGAAAAUUGAGUGAUUUAUGAGCUGUUGAAAACUUGCAAAACUGCACUAAAUGCUAUUCAUUCUGAAAAUAUAGGUGAUUAUCUCUCCAUUUGGUGAUUUUUGUGCAUCUAGCAUAAAAUCUGAGAAUUUUGUAGCCAUUUCAAGUUUUGUUAUACUUAUAUAAAAAAUAAUUAGGAUUUUAUUAGGGAGCGACUGCAUUUUGUCAUGCCGCUGCUCAUGGAGACUCAUUUAUGCAUAAGGGAGAUGCUUGUUUUUAAAUUAAGGUUGAUGGCGGAUUUGGUUUUGAACAUAUCUGAAUUUUAAGUUUUUGAAAAUAGGCCCCCUAUGGAGCGGCCCCGCUCCCCGUCAACUGAUAGUGAAGUCUAUGCUAAAUAUUUAUGUGUCUUAGAAAAUCAUACACAAAUCUCAACCCCCACUUUAGUAAAAUUGACUCAGGAAUGUUAUUGUUCUUCUUGAGAAAACAAUAUACUCUAAUAAACAAUGUUUUGGGGGAUUUUUAUUCCAUGUCUGACAGUCUCGGAUAGUUCAACACACCUCGGUCAAUUUGACCCAGGGACGUUAUUGCUGUUGCUGAGAAAUGAAUGUAACAGAAGGGUUAAAUAGACAGAAUUAUCGUGAUUCUUUACAGUUGAACAAAACGAAACACCAUCUGCAUUGAUACAGAUUUUUCAGAGUUUUAAAAAGUCAGUGCCUUAUGAUCCAAAACACAUUUUUGUAGUCACGGACAAGAGAAAACGAUACCACACAUUCAAUAUCACUGAACUAGAACCAACUACAGUUCAUCGUGCUGGUAAAUGUUAUACUCUUUGGCACUCAGGAUCCCGUCGUUGUCGCUGUCGCUCUUGCGGAAGAUGUCGGUGAUAACCUUCUCGUAGUAGGACUCAUCCUUUGGCUUGCCUUCUCUUUCAAACUCCAUCUUUAUGUAGUCUUUAAUCUGAAAAUACCAGUAAAGGCUGCUUUGAAAAUC